AUGUGUAUCAUCCUCUUGGAUGUCAGACACACAUUAACUGGGGUUUCUUCUGGAGCUUUAGGCAUGGUUUCUGUAUCAGUAACUGAGAUUUCUUCUGUAGCUUCUGGUGUGCUUACUGCAUCAGUAACUGGGGUUUCUUCUGUAGCUUUAGAUGUGGUUACUGCAUCAGUAACUGUGGUUUCUUCUGUAGCUUCAGGUGUUGUUACUGUAUCAGUAACUGAGAUUUCUUCUGUAGCUUUAGGUGUGGUUACUGUAUCAGUAACUGAGAUUUCUUCUGUAGCUUUAGGUGUGGUUACUGUAUCAGUAACUGAGAUUUCUUCUGUAGCUUUAGGUGUGGUUACUGUAUCAGUAACUGAGAUUUCUUCUGUAGCUUUAGGUGUGGUUACUGUAUCAGUAACUGAGAUUUCUUCUGUAGCUUUAGGUGUGGUUACUGUAUCAGUAACUGAGAUUUCUUCUGUAGCUUUAGGUGUGGUUACUGUAUCAGUAACUGAGGUUUCUUCUGUAGCUUCAGGUGUGGUUACUGUAUCAGUAACUGAGAUUUCUUCUGUAGCUUUAGGUGUGGUUACUGUAUCAGUAACUGAGAUUUCUUCUGUAGCUUCAGGUGUGGUUACUGUAUCAGUAACUGAGAUUUCUUCUGUAGCUUUAGGUGUGGUUACUGUAUCAGUAACUGAGAUUUCUUCUGUAGCUUUAGGUGUGGUUACUGUAUCAGUAACUGAGAUUUCUUCUGUAGCUUUAGGUGUGGUUACUGUAUCAGUAACUGAGAUUUCUUCUGUAGCUUUAGGUGUGGUUACUGUAUCAGUAACUGAGAUUUCUUCUGUAGCUUUAGGUGUGGUUACUGUUUCAGUAACUGGUGUUUCUUCUGUAGUUUUAGGUGUGGUUACUGUUUCAGUAACUGGUGUUUCUUCUGUAGUUUUAGGUAUGGUUACUGUAGCAGUCAUCAGCGUGUCUUCUUUGGUUUCAGGCAAUGUUACUAUAUCUGUAAAUAAGAUUUCUUUUGUAGUUUGUUUUGUCUGUUGCUGA